CUUAUUCAUUAGCAGAUUCUAUUACUGUUCUAGAAUUGCAGAAGCUUAUUGAAACCAAAAUAAAAAAACUUUUAUCUAAAAUAUGGAAGAACAGGAAAAGGAGAAUAAAGAUGAUGCGAAUAGAAUGUUUUCAUAUCCUUUAGUUCGUUACAGUGAAAUGAAUGAAGAAUUACAAACUGAAGUUAUUGAAUUAUGCGUAACAGCAUGUGAAAAAUAUUCAAAUAAUAAUGAACUAGCUGCGCGUAUGGUUAAAGAGACAUUAGAUCAGAAAGCAGCACCUGGUUGGCACGUUGUUAUCGGUGAAGGUUAUGGUGUUGAAAUUACACACGAUGUUAAAUAUUUAAUCUUUCUAUAUUUUAAUGCUACAUUAGCAAUAUUAAUAUGGAAAUGUUCAUAAGUGAUCCCUGUCUGUGUGUGUGCGUGCAUGUGUAUGCGUGUUGUAUUUAC